CCUGCAAAAAACUUUCCGACACAGAAAUUCCUUCCAAUCCAAGUAACGCACAAAUACCUAUAUGUUCCUGUGAUUUUCGAAUAAAUAUUUAUGACUGUCCAGAAUCAUCAAUUUUAAUAAUUUCACAAUGGGUAUUAUUACCAUAUUGUGCUCUCAUAAGUGCAACAGCAGCAGUAUGUUUAUGGCAUUUAAUUAAAAAGAAAAAUCAACCAUUCUUUCUUACUUCGAGAAGAGAUAGGGGAAAGUUGAGACCUAGACCACAACAUACUUAUUUUACUAUAGCCAUGAUUUAUUGUCCACUUCAGAUGCUUCACUCGAUUUUAUUAUUGACGAAUUCUUAUCCGAACAUACUUUGGGCAGAAAUUGGUCAUUCACUGCCUAUGACACUAUCAGCUACUAUUGCAAUAUUAUAUCCAUUGAUUUAUUCGACAUCAACUUUUGAAGUAACAAAUUUCGCAUCACGUUCAAUAUCGACGUCUAGUGCAAUAUCAGAGAUACCCAUAGCGAGACACGCCGUAAGAAUCGACAUCGUUUGUAUUCUUGCCUUUAUAACAACGCUUGGCAUUUUUUUAACUGUGCCCGCAUUAACAGGUUAUUACGCUGAUAUGAGCGAUUUUAUAAAUGCGGACAGAUUUUUUAAGAUACAAUAUUUCGCGUGGAUAACUUGGGUAUCUUUGUAUGUUGCAUCAAUGAUGUGGUUUUGGAUCAGAUUUCUUAUUAUUGUUGGUGAAUUAACUGAUCAAAAUCAAACUCAAAAUCCCGGGUUACAAAUCAAACUUGAACAAUUGAGAAGGGGUUCUCGUAAUUUAUCACUACCAAUAUAUGGACAAAUAAUAGCAGGAUUAAUAUAUUUAACAGCAUUCUUAUUAUAUGGAUUAUAUAAUCGUUCAAGUACAAUAAAUAAUUAUAGAAUUAAUUUAAUAUAUAUGAGCAUUUGGAAUUUUUUGAUUCCAUUCAUAAUGCACAUAACACAAUGGAUAAUGAUUUAUAAUAUUUACAAAGUCACUAAUACCUCACAAAAUAUCCCAAAGAGAUUAUCUACCAGGAAUUUUUAUAAUAAUUCACGCGCAGGGGGUGGACAGAAUGUGAACGAAACGACCAUUAAUCAAGUGAAUGAAGGAAGGAAUAAUAAGAGAGAAAAAAGGAUAACCAUAAUUAAUGUUAGCGAAGGAAAAAGGAAUGUUGAUGCUUUAGAUAUGUCUCCUACGUCGGAAUUUAUUCGAACUCCAUUAAAUAAAACAAUUGAUGAAGAGGAAAUAUUUGAUAUUGAUAUUAGUGAUAUUAGCACACCAAGAGAGGAUUUCAUGAUAGAUUCUGGCCAUUAUAGUUCGGGAAUGGUUUUCAAUAGAGAUUCGGGAAGAGUCAGCCUCUCGAGUGUUAGUUUUACUAAAAAUAGGAAAUCGGAUACAUUUUUACAUCCUUUGCAUGAAAAUGUCGUAAUCGGAAUGAGCAAUAGAUAUUCUGGUCAUUCCAUACUUUCGGAAACUUUGACGCUAAACAAUAAUGGUUCGAUAAAUAACACCAUCAACAAUACUAUUCUAACUACUCCUACUUCUAUGAAUUUUAAUUCCAACAUUUCGUCGUCUUCGACGUCAGUACCAUAUCCAAUUAGUGAGAACAUGAGUUUUAUUAGUAACAGGACUAGUAAUGAGAUUUCAAGCAAUAAUGACAAUGUUCUUAGUAGUGCUCAAAGAAAAGAAUGGCUGGAUCAGCGACCUGUUUCUCUCAAUCGUUCCAAUAAAUAA